AUGGAUUUAACUACAACAGAAACGAAGACAUCAAAAUGGGUUGCUGAUGGUAUGGAAGCUGUUAAACUGUCUUUCGGUGAAUUUAAAAUUUCGAAAGUUAUUUUUCCCAUGAAAAACAUGUUUUUUUGCAGUUCACAAAAUCAACGAUCUCGGCACAGUUCCAGAAUAUGAGCCAGAAUUCGUAUAUCAACACUUUGGACAGAAGUAAGAGUUUAAAAAAAACUGACCUCUUUUUGAAGCACAUGAAAAAUGUAAAUGAAAACACUUAGAUAAAACGUGUAUUUUUCACGUGAAGUAUUUAAAAAUAAAAACACAUUUCAUUCAUUUAUUUUCCAGCGAAACAAUAUUUGGAUACGAAAAUCUGAAGGUGACCAUAAAUUAUGCCGAUGCCUCACUUCAUUUCUAUCCUCAAAUCGAAUACACUUCCAAAUUCAACGAAGAUCCUGACAUCCAACCAGAUGAUAUCAUGAUAAAAUUGAAAGAACAACAACCAAGUGAUCAACUGGAUAUGCUGGUUGAGUCAAAAGCUGAAUUUAAUGUACUUAAUUCUAUUUUUUUAGUUUUAUAUAUAUUUUAUUUUUUCCAGGCGAUAUUAGAAAAACAAAAAUCGUUCAAUCCAAUUGGAGAAUUAAUCGAAAAAUUUGCAAGUGGUGAAUCGAAUCUUGAAAUUUAUAAGGUCGCAGAGCCAUCCCAAGAAAUUGACCAUUUUCUGGGAAGAGCUCAAUAUAUGGCUCUUUUUUAUAUCGACGCUGCUUCUUACACCGAUGUGCAAGAUGAACGAUGGUUGCAUUAUCUUAUCUACGAAAAUUGCGAUAAUGGAGAAGGCGAUGGUUCAACUCAUCGAAAAUUCGCAGGCUACGCGUCGCUUUAUCGCUAUUACGCGUAUCCGGAUAAAAUCCGUCCUCGAGUCGCGCAAAUUCUUCUUCUUCCACAAUACAGAGGACAGGGAACUGCUGCGAAAUUCUUGCAAACAAUUUAUAAAGAUUUGUGGGCGACGUCGAAUAUUUUGGAUAUUGCAGUUGAAGAUCCAGCCGAUGCAUUUAUCUUUCUUCGUGAUUAUGUUGAUUGUUGCAAUUGUUUGGCGCUCACCCAAUUUUCACCACAAAAUUUGAGGCGGGGAUUUAGCGAUGAGAUGCGAUUGGCUGCCUUGGAAAAAUAUAAAAUUAACAGGGUUUGUUGGAAAAUUUUGUAUUUUUUUCAUUCAAAAUUCAUUUUUUUUUCAGAAACAAGCCCGGCGCGUCUACGAAAUUCUCCGCUUCCGCGUCACCAACCCGAACGACGCGGAAGACUUGAAAUCGUAUCGAUUAGACGUUAAAAGACGAUUGCAUGCUCCGAUGAGAAAAUCAGAAAAAGACAAGCGACGAUUGAAUUGCGCAUUAACACAAGAAGAAUUGACGCAAGCUGCGGUUAAUGAGAAAGAUUUGAAAGAGACGCAUGCUUUACUUGAACAACUCUAUCAAACAACUGUCAAGGAAUACGAGAAAACUGUUGCUAGACUCGAAAAAUAUCCAACAAUUUUUUAA